AUGGACAGCUUUGCGCCGCCUGUCGGUGAGUUUGUCGCUUCAGUGUUUUCACAAAAAGCUGGAGGAUUUUUGAAAGAAAGAAGCAUGAAGUCAUUGGGAACUUGAUGCUUGGCAGUGGACUACGUUGGGAAAUGUCCGUUUUCUGUGUAUGGCUUUACCCAAAGCUUUUCGAAAAGCUUUCCAGCUUCUUGUGAACAAACUGCGUUAACCUUUGCGACAACUGUAGUUCUCACCCCAAAAAAAGGCGUGUGCUCAUUGAAUUUUUGUUAUCAAUUAGAGAUUGAAAAUCGAAAAACUUCGCAUUUUUUUGAAAAAAUAGACUCAAUCUUUGGAGAAAUUUGAUUAAAAUCAUUCUCUCGUUUAAGGCUACUUGAAAGAGAGCUCAGCCGACAAAACAGUGCUAGUGGCGGCAGUUUUCUGCGGCGGCAUCUUCCUGUUCAUUUGCGGCUUCUUCUUCUACCUGUUCAAGAAAAAGCUCGAGCGGAAGAAGAAGAAGAAGCGCAAGGGCGACUCGCAUCGACGACAGCGACAGCCCUACCGGCAGCAGAGGCCGGUCCUCAAAGCUCACUGUGACUCCGAGUCAGUCGAUUAUUUUUUGCCUCCACCGCUCAACUUUCAGGCUUUCUUCCCCGGCGACGUCGCGCUUCGUGCACCACGACGCCACUGGAAUCAUGCCGCCUAUCGCUGUCCACACCUCCAACGUCGUCGGACUCGAGUCUUCUCCCGCCAAUUCACAUCAUCAGACCUUUUACGGCUGA